AUGGCGUCCCCCAGUGAUCGCCGUGAGGGUGAGGAGACGGGCAAGGCCGAGGCUGACGUGGGUGAGGUGAAGCCGGGCCAGAUGGAAUUGUUCGCUGCCAUGUUGGCCAGUCUGAGGCAGGAAUUGGAUCAGAGAACAGAGAGGGCAGAACAGAGGGCAGACGAGAGGGCACGCGAGCAGGCUCAGAGGGCAGAAGAGAGGGCACGCGAGCAGGCUCAGAGGGCAGAAGAGAGGGCUCGCGAGCAGGCUCAGAGGGCAGAAGAGAGGGCACGCGAGCAGGCUCAGAGGGCAGAAGAGAGGGCAGACGAGCAGGCCCGCCAUCUUGCCGAGGUCCUCCAGAGCUGUUUCUCGUUGCUGAAGGUGGAAACCCAGCAGUACACCGACCAGGGCUGCGACAGCGCGAGGAGUGAACGGCUGGAGGAGGUGCGGACCCCGGAAGGCGAGGUCCGAGGCCUGAGGGAGGCGGAGAGGCAGCUGCGAGAGGUGGCACCGUCGCACGCGGAGGAAGAAGGCUCAGUUCUGGCAGGAAGCGCCGGGGCGGCGGUCCUGCAGGGGCCUAUCUGGGGCUCCUGGCAAGGACUCCUGGAGCCUGGUAGCGUCGUGGCGGAACCAGUAGCUGCCGCAGGAGGUUGGGGAGCCCCCGCCUCGUUGCCUCCCUCACCCCCUCCCUCUCCUCCAAGCCAGCCGGCUCGCAGGUCACGUAGUCCGCUCUCUCCCAUGGCAGCAGCGAGAGGUGGCAACGUGGUGCGGGGAGGAACAAGAAGCGUCACGUGUGCUGGCGGCGGGUGCACGGGUGGCGGACUGGCGGGGCUCCGCGUGGGGCCCCUGGCAAGGGCCCCUGAAGCCUGGUGGCGUCGUGGCGGAGCCGGUGGAGGCUGCAGGAGGCUGGGGAGCCGUCGGAGCCGCUCCCUUGGGUCCAGCUGGUGCUGGAGUCGGACCCAUUAA